AUGUCCCUCGUGUCUGUGACCAUGGCAGCCACCAUCCUGCUUUUAACAUCACUCUCCAUCAGUGGUCAGGGUGAUUCAGCCUGGUCCUGCCAGGAGGGAUGGCCAUGCCAGCUUGCAUUAGCCUCUCAUAACCCUGUCUUCCUGGACUGCCCAAGUGCCCAGCACUCCUCCAUCUCCUGGCAUUUCUUAAAUUUGAGUGUGGAGAACAGCAGCUUUGUCCCCUUCAUCAAUAGCAGUGGAGCCAUCAAGACCCUCCAACACCCUGGCUUGUCCCAACUGGCUGGUAAAGCUGAGCUUAUUGAGGGGGACCUCAAGUUGAAGGAUCCCCAGACUUCCGAUUCGGGAAUCUUUUUGUGCCAAGAUGGCGACAGACUCCUUGCCUAUUUUGAGACGGACUUCCAGGACGCCCUUCAGCUCCACGUGUCCCACGCAGUCCUGGAUCAGAACACCAGGCCGCUGGAGAUGGUGGCUCUUGAUGACGGGCGGGAGCUUGAAAUGUACACUCACUGGAGCGGCUGGCAAGCCUGUGACCGCUGUGACGCUGAAGGGGAGAGGAGAAGACUUGGUUUUUGUUACGCCCGCCUGUUGAGGGGCAGCGAUGUGCCCGGAGAGCCAGAGCCCCUGCCGUGUGGUCUCAUGAGGGUCAAGCUGGGCGCCCACAGCGUGCCCGCCCUGAGCCGGGGCCCCGAGCUCAGGAUAGAAACCUGCAUGGAGACUUGUAGGGGGGUGCCGGCCGCGGGCAUCGACAAGGAGAUCCCCAUCCUGCUGAAGGACACCUUCCUGGCACAGCUGAGGGAGCCCGUCGAGCUCAGGUGCCCGAGAGCUUCGGUGUACAACCCCGUUUACUGGAAGAGAGACGACACAAUCCUGACGCUCCUGCAGCUGCUGACUGUAAACGGGACGCACUCCCUCGAUCGUGUGACGGGGGGCGCCAUCUACCGGAUCAGUCACGCCUUCCCAUCGGACGCGGGCACCUACCGAUGUUACGCCAAUCGCACCGAGACGGGCAUCUUCCUCGUGAAGCUCUGGAGGGGGAAACGGAAGCACGCCGACCAGACUUUCCCCUUCUUUAAGCACAUCAUCCUGAUCACCGUCGUCAUCUUCAACGCCCUCACGCUCGCCACCAUCUGCUCUUACAUGGGCCGGAACAAGGAGAGCGGCUGA